AUGAUGGCGUUCUCGUCCCUGCUUGAUCGGCUCGGUCCAGAGAUAUCAGACCCGGAAGAAGAAACCUUCUUACUAUACUCCCAGGAUAUUCCGUCCCAGAACUUAGGCUUCGUGGAUCCUCAGGCGACCACGUUGGACCUCAGCGUUGCUGGCAAGGACUACGUAAUUCAUCAAUCACCAACCAUCUUAAAUCGUCCAGGAAGUACCACAGGCGCUGUUGUAUGGAAAAUCACUCCGCUCAUAGCCGAUUGGUUAGUCGCUUCCGACAAUCCCCUCUGGACCUCUAACAUAUUAUCAUCCUGUUCCGAUGUGCUGGAAUUGGGUUGCGGGAUAUCCGGCCUAGUAGGAUUGGUUCUUGCGCCAUUGGUCGCAAAGUAUACACUCACAGACCAGUCCUACGUCGCAAGAUUAGUAGAGAAGAACAUUGCCGAAAAUAGUCCCCUAGGAAACCCAAAGCAGACUAAGACUACUUCUCAAAAGCGAAAAGGCAAGCCGUCGGCUGUCUAUCCUAAGGCUGAACUACGAUUCGUGCCGUUGGACUGGGAAUUAGAUGAGGUGACACCAUCCCUUACAGGAAGCGAUAAGGUUAAGAGCUUUGACCUCGUCAUUGCUUGCGAUUGCAUCUAUAACGACACGCUGAUCCAACCACUGGUGCAAACCUGUGCUGACGUGUGUAGAUUGAGAGCAUCGGACAAGAGUAGUACCGACAAGUCUACCGUCUGUCUAGUUGCACAACAACUUAGAGAUCCGGAAAUAUUUGAGUCGUGGAUAAAGGAGUUCAACAGGUAUUUCCAGACAUGGCGCAUUCCAAAUAACGCCUUAACUGAGGAAUUACGCUCGAACCCUGGUUUUGUAGUCCACCUGGGUAUCUUGCGAGAUGCGGCAGAGACACGCAAUUGA